UGAAUAUUCUGUUUUUCUCUAUGUGCAGGAAUUGUUCUUGACUCUGGUGAUGGUGUUAGCCACACUGUGCCCAUUUAUGAAGGAUAUGCACUUCCUCAUGCCAUUCUUCGUUUGGAUCUGGCUGGUCGUGACCUCACGGACUCCCUCAUGAAAAUUCUCACUGAGAGGGGUUACUCCUUCACAACCUCUGCUGAGCGAGAAAUUGUAAGGGACAUUAAGGAGAAGCUUGCAUAUAUUGCUCUUGACUAUGAACAAGAGUUGGAAACUGCCAAGAACAGCUCCUCAGUUGAAAAAAGCUAUGAGCUACCUGAUGGUCAAGUAAUCACCAUUGGUGCAGAGAGAUUCAGGUGCCCUGAGGUGCUCUUCCAGCCAUCCAUGAUUGGUAUGGAGGCUGCUGGAAUCCAUGAGACGACCUACAAUUCAAUCAUGAAGUGCGAUGUGGAUAUCAGGAAGGACCUGUAUGGCAACAUUGUGCUCAGUGGAGGUUCAACCAUGUUCCCAGGCAUUGCUGAUCGUAUGAGCAAGGAGAUCAGUGCCCUUGCUCCGAGCAGCAUGAAGAUUAAGGUUGUUGCGCCACCUGAGCGGAAGUACAGUGUCUGGAUUGGAGGGUCGAUCCUAGCCUCACUCAGCACUUUCCAACAGAUGUGGAUAUCGAAGGAGGAGUACGAUGAGUCUGGCCCAGCUAUUGUUCAUAGGAAGUGUUUCUAAGUUUCUCAAGUGCCGCUUCACUGUCAUCUAGUCGAGUCUGGUUCAAUUCUCUAGAAAUGUGUUGCAGAUUUGUUGCAUACUAUGUCUAUUUUCUUCAGAGUUCAGACCAUGAGUCUUCUCUGGAAUAGGACCCCCUUGUACGCUGUGGCUUCAUGUGCUGUGUUGCAUCACCUUGUUUGAGAUGAGUUUUCAAACUUGCUUGGCUUGAUUAGUUGGAGCUGUAAGCUGAUAGUAUAAAUUACUUUGGGCUAUGCUUCUGCUACCUAUAGCCUUGUAUUUA